AGAUCAACACAUUUAAAUCAUGUGUUUACAUAGUAAAUGCAUUACACAGGAUUUAGAUUAGAGUCUUGCUGUAGCAGUUUAUUCAGAGCCUGAAAUCCUAAAACCUGAGCCAAUUAAUUCACUCUACAAAGUAGGACAUAUCUUUGGGUUAUCCAUAUUUGUGUACCAGCAGAAGACAAAUAGCAUCUUUGGGAAUCCCAAAUCAUUUGAGAGGAAAUGAAAAUGGUCUAAAUGGCAAAUAAAGGCAACAAUACUAAUGGUUUUCUUUACCACUCCCAGAGAGAGAGGACAUCCAUCUUUUCCAAUGGAACAGGAACCAGCAGAAGAUGCACACGCAGAUCCCAGUGAAGGCAAUUUGGAUGAACAAGAUAAUAGUCAAGUAUCUUCAGAAUCACAAAAAAGGCCUGAGGAGAUAAAAAAGAAAAUUGCGGAAACCUUCUUCUAUAUGCGUGAAGAUGUAUAUUCAGGACCAUAUGCCACUGAUGACCUUGAGAUAUCCACUGACCUUCUUAUUUUUAAACAUUCUUUUGGAUAUGACUGUACCAGACCUGUAAACCUGAUGAUGAUGGAUGGACAUACUGUGGGGCAUAUAGCAGGCAACCAGGUGGUGCUCCAGAACCUGAGAACUAAGUAUCAGAAAUACAUCAGGAGCAGCGGUGGCGGAGGAAUUGGGUUUAUCACAGCACACCCUAGUAAGGAGUACUUUGCAGUUGGAGAAAAAGGAAAGAAGCCAAACAUUGUCAUCUACACAUAUCCUUCGGUGAGGCCCUACAGAAUACUGAAAGGUGGAACAGAGGUAGCCUAUGUUUUUGGUGAUUUCAAUCAUACUGGCACUUUGCUGGCCAGUGUUGGGAGCAGCCCUGACUACAUGUUGACUAUCUGGGACUGGAAACAAGAAGAGACUCUGCUGAGGUCCAAAGCUUUUGCACAGGAUGUGUACAAGGUCAUGUUUUCUGCUGAGAAUGAAGAGCAUCUAACUACAGGUGGAUCAGGACACAUCAGGUUCUGGAAGAUGGCUCUCACAUUAACUGGUCUCAAGUUACAAGGAGCUUUGGGCAGGUUUGGAAAAACAGCAGUAUCUGACAUUAUAAGUUUUGUGGAGCUGCCCGAUGGGAAGGUUGUCUCAGGAACUGAAUGGGGCAAUUUGCUUCUUUGGGAAGGUGGCCUCAUUAAAGUAGAGCUCUGUCAAGCUGGACAUAAGCCCUGUCACGAGGGCCCUGUCAGCCAGUUAGUUUUUGAUGAAGGAGAACUUUACUCUGUUGGAAAAGAUGGUGUCAUUCGGAUGUGGAACUUCGAGGUAAUAGAUACUGCUGAUCCUGUGGAUGACACAGGGUUAGUGGAGAUGGAGCCUAUGAAUGAACUUUGGCUUGGCAAGAAUGUCAGCCUGAAUUUCAUGACAAAAAUUCUUGACCAUGGACAGCCCUUUUGGUAUGCUCAGGAUACAAGUGGAGCAAUAUGGAAGCUGGAUUUGACUUUUUCAAAUAUGACCCAUGACCCAGAGCGCGUGUGUACCUUCCACUCUGGGAGGAUCGAGGCCAUCGGUGUCUCUCCCUUUACAUGUCUGAUGGCCACCACAGCUCUUGACCGGUCAGUGCGCAUCUAUGAUUUUGGCAGCAACAGCCAACUGAGUGUAAUCAAGUUUAAACAGGGAGGAACAGCACUGACAUGGGCACCGGCUGUUGUGAAUCCUGAAGGAGGUCUAAUUGCUGUGGGGUUUGAAGAUGGUAUUGUCCGCAUAAUUGAGGUUUAUGAUCCCAAACUGCUGCCUGGUCGUGAAGGACAGGCCAAGGAGAGUGCAGAGAUAAAUCUGAAACAAGUUUUCAAACCUCACACUGCUGCAGUUACAGCCCUGGCCUAUGAACGAAAGGGAGAUGUGUUUGCCACAGGGAGUAAAGACAAAACAGUUUUCUUUUUUGCUAUUGAGGAUAAAUACAAGCCAAUUGGAUUCAUCUGUGUCCCUGGGCCUGUACAGGCAUUACAGUGGUCUCCACCUUCUCAUGACAAGAGCACACUGCUCAUCCUUUGUGAGAAUGGCUUUGCUGUCCAGGUUCCUGCCCCUCUCCCUGGGAAGCAGGAUACAGCGACCACCUAUCACAUAAAAAACCUGCCAACACAGUACUUCCACUUUUAUAGCAUUAAAUCCCGAAUUAAGCUGGAAGAGGAGAUUGUACGGAGAGAGAAAGAAAAGCAGGAGAAGGAGAAAGCAAGGCUUGAAUGGAUAAAGCAGCAAAAGGAGAUGGGACUUGAGGUAGAAGAAACUAAAGAGGAAGAACCUGAAGAAGAGCCAUUGCCACCUAUCUACAUACCAGAGGAGCCCAGUCCCAUCCUCUGUGGCUUUUAUUCAUCACCAGGAAAAUUUUGGCUUUCCUUGGGUGGGUACGACUCAGGGUUUCUGUAUCAUUGUGAAUUCUCACAUGAUGAUGAAGAAGACCCUGAGAAGAGGAAAGAUGAACCCUUUGAUGUGAUUCCUAUGGAGGACACCAACGACAAUCCCAUUCACCAGAUCUCCUUCUGUACCAGCAACCCUCUGAUGUUCUGUGGGAUGCAGGAUGGCUCUCUUCGUGCUUAUCCUCUCAGUGUUAAAGACCUCUCAGCAGAUGUCCUGAAGGACUACUGGUACAUGAAUGUACAUGACAAUGAUAAUGGGCAGAUCCUGGGAAUCUGUUGUAGUCAUGAUGAGAGGUGUCUGAUUACCUGUGGUGGAGAUGGAAACAUUUUUACAUUUGACCUCUGGUCAGAGGAAGAGCUUCCCAAAGAGCUAAAAGUCAUAAUCCCCCCUCCUAGGAGUGGUCUGGAGAAGGAGAAGGCUGCUGAAGACAUUAAGGAUCCUAAUGCCUACACUAUUGAGGAAUACAAGCAGAAAAAGGAGUAUGAAUGGAAAAUGAAGGAAGCUGAAGAAAAGAAAAAUAAGAAAAGAAAGGAGUUAAGUGCACUGAGACAAGACUUUGUUUUUCUCCUUCAAAAGAAUCAGGAGUUGCCCAAGCACAUGCAGUUGCACAGAGAGGAGUUUGAGAUGGACCAUAGGAUCUUUGAAGAGCUGGAUAGGCAGACACUAAAGAGAAUCCAGUUAGUGCAAGAGAAGCUGGCUUGGGAGCAUGAGAAACAAUUGAUUGGAUUGCAGAAACUACAAAGACAGUUUCGGGACUCUCUGGAAUUCACUCUGACUGUUCAUGCUAUUCAAAGCAAUCAUCAGAUUUCCACCUACAGCCUUCUAACAGUGUCUGAGAAAUAUGCCCAACGUAAGAAACAUGGGAACAGCAAGUGGACAGUACUUAAAGAGAAGUGGACAGCACUUAAAGAGGCAGAACAAGCAGAAGAGGAAAUUCCCAGUGAGACAAGCCCUGUGCAUAGAGAAAAUGUAGCUUUUGAGAAUGAAGCUGAAAUGCUGGAGACACCAGCGGUCCAAAAGCUAACUACACGUUACAUAGAAAGCAGACGUCAGAAAAUCAGAAGACUUGUUGAGAAAUAUGAUGCACUGAAAGCCAAGAUCAUGAAGAGGAGGGCAGAGUGGAAUGAAUUAUACAAGAGCAAACCUAGAGAUAUCUAUGAAGAUUCCAAAGAUGCCGAGGAGAUCAAAGAAGCACAGGAGAAUAUAGGAUGUUACAGGUUGAAGACUGCCACUAACUACACACUCACUGAAGACGAGCGUAUAAGCACUGAAAAGAAGAUGAUGCAACUUGCAACUCUGGAAGACUUGAUGCAUAACAUGAAAGUGAAUAUGAACAAAGAGAUUGUGUCUUUACGGGAUCUCAAGGUUUCUAUUAUUGAUGAAAUCAAGAGUUUAGUGAAGAAAGUGAAAUUCAUACAGGCUAGCCUAGAUGUAUCAGAACAUCUCCCUAUUCCCCUGAUCCCUCAGUUACACCCAGAUGAGGUUCCUGAAAAAAUAGUUGAGUACAACAGUGAUGUCCUUCUAAAGUUCAGAGAGGAGCAGGCGGCCAAGGCAAAGCUCAAGGAACCACUGGAAAGGUGUUCCUCAUCUCGUGCAUUUAGGCACGUGUUUCUUCAAACUCCUCCAGUGGAAGAGGAUGACCCCGUGGCACAGGCUGGAGAUGCAUCAGCUGUGGUCACAGAGGAGGCUUUUGAGAUGGAGAAAGCAGAGCCAACAGAAAUGGAACUGGAAAUUUUAAAGAGGGAGAAGAUAAAAAAUCUAUACCUGCAGGAGACCUUGAUUAAAAAGAUCAACGCACUGGUGAUCAAUUUCGAUGCUGAACUUCGCCUUUUGCGGCACAAGAAACUGAAGAUGGAUGUCCAGAUGAAAAGUGCUAGUCUGCGCUGCAUCACAUGCUGUGAAGAGCUGCUUAUCCUGAAGAAACUUGAGAUACAUGAGGACCUUCUUGAGGAGCGAAUUUGUGCCCUCAUCAAUGAACAGGAGGACAUACAAUCAAAAUUGAAGAGCUACCUUGCACAAAUGGAGGAUAGAAAGUGUGAGAUUGUAAUGCUUCAGGAACGUGAGAAAGCUCUUUAUGCCAGCUUCGAAGCUUCCCUUGGAGAAAACAACGAAUUUGCUGAUUUUCUGAUCAAUAUUUUGAAGGCAGAAGUUGAGUGUGUGGAAAGAGAAGCAGAUGAAGAAAAUGAGAAUGAAGAGGAGGAUGAUGAUAAAAAGCCUGACUUAAAGACUGAUGAAGAAAAUUGUGGAUCUGAAAAUGUAGUCUUUGACUCCGUUUGCCCAGAAGGCUGCAGUGAGGAUCUCUUCCUGAACACUAUCCAGCUCCGGCAGCAGCGAAUAAGCAUUGAGAAAGCUUUAGCAGAGGAGAAGAAAGUUGCUGCUGAUCUCAAAAAGGAAUAUAAUGCCUUGGCCAAAAAGGCAAAAGAAUUAGAAACCAGUCUGGACACAACGAACAGGGAGCUGGAGGCCUUUCAGUGGGAAAAGCUGCACAGACUGAAUGAGCUGUAUGUAGUUGUGCCUUUGAGACUCCAUCAGGUGCAGUGCUUGGUUGAUGGGGAGAUGCCCUGUGACUUCUCCCAGACUUUAGUAUUUACCAACCAGUCCUUGCAGUACCUGCAGAAGAGAAUUGUGGACCUACAUAAUGAAAAGAUAAUGCAAAGAGAGAUCCAUAAAAAGGCCCGAGAGCAACAUAAGCAGCUUCUCCAGGACAAAAAGGAGAUGGAGAUGGAGAUUCAACGACUGGAGGAGAGGUGCAAUCAUCUGAUGAUGGAGAAGUUUGGUCGGCUGGUUGAUUUUGAAGCAGUUCAAGCCCACUCUGUUAAUAUACCCAUGGAGCAAAUGAGAGUGAGAAUAAUGGAGAAAGAGUAUGAGCAUUUUGUGGAGCUCAAAGAAUGGGAGGAAAGAACUGUAGGCCUGCAGCAUCAGCUAACAACACUGACAAGGGAAAACACCAGCAAGCUGCACCAGCUGAACAGGUUUUGCUAUGAAAAACAUCAGCUUGAAACUGAGCUGGAAUCACUGACAACUGGUCAGGGUGGAGAAUUUGAGGGCACACAAAGUAGUGACAUCAAAGAGACAGCCAGGCUGGAGUCACGGCUCAUGCACAUGACUUAUGAGGUGGCCCUUCUGAGAAAGGAAAUCAACCAUGGCAGAAUUGAUGGCAUGUAGAACUUGCUUUCCUUAGCAGAAAAGGUGGGUGCCUCUUUCUACCACAGGACACUGAGACUCCAACUCCCUCUUCAGAAAUAGUAACUAGCAAUCCACGUCACCCUUAAAAUUAACUGUGGCAGCAGUCAUGCCUCAAAGUGCAAAAUUAAUUGUUUUGGCUAG